UUUUCGACCUAUUUUCUCUCUCUCCGAGUUGCCCUAAGAAUCAACAAAAAUGUCGGGACGUGGCAAGGGAGGCAAAGGGCUGGGCAAGGGCGGAGCUAAGCGUCACCGAAAGGUUCUCCGGGAUAAUAUCCAAGGCAUAACCAAGCCAGCAAUUCGAAGAUUGGCUCGUAGAGGCGGCGUGAAGAGGAUCAGCGGCUUAAUCUACGAGGAGACACGAGGCGUCCUCAAGAUCUUUCUGGAAAACGUCAUACGUGACGCCGUUACCUAUACGGAGCACGCCAGGCGUAAGACGGUGACCGCCAUGGAUGUUGUCUACGCCCUUAAGCGGCAGGGAAGGACUCUUUACGGUUUCGGUGGUUAGGUUGAUUUUAGAUGCUUGUAAA